UAUAUAUGUGUGUGUGUAUAUAUAUGUGUAUGUGUAUAUGAGACAUACAUACUGGACAUGCUUUGUUCUCCGCAGAAAAGCUCAAGUGAAGUGACUCUCAGAGACUGCUUGAGGCUCUUUACAAAAGAGGAUGUGUUGGACGGGGAAGAGAGACCGACGUGCAACCGAUGCAAGACCAGAAGGAAAUGCACCAAAAGAUUCAGCGUCCAGAAGUUCCCCCAGAUACUCGUGCUUCACCUGAAGCGCUUCUCAGACUCCAACAUCCGAACCAGCAAACUCUCCACUUAUGUCAACUUCCCCCUCAAAGAGCUGGACCUGAGGGAGUUCGCGUCAGAGAGCGGCGAGCGUGCCGUGUAUAACCUGUACGCCGUAUCCAACCACUCGGGAAACGCUCUGGGAGGCCAUUACACGGCCUACUGCAAGAACCCGGCAUUGGGGGAGUGGCACAGCUACAACGACUCCAGGGUGAGCCCAGUGUCCUCCAGCCAGGUCCGCAGCAGCAACGCCUAUGUCCUCUUCUACGAGCUGGCUCCCCCCACACACAGCAAAUAUCAGACGUGUCGGCUUUAGACGCCAGCGGAGGAGUUGAUAAGCCGCACCACGCUGGUGGAGCCGGACGGACGCCGCCUGCUGGGAGAGAGCUCUGCCUAGUGGAGAGAGUCCUGCCAUUACAGACUGUGAAUGUGGAGCACAAAGACGUGUCGCUGGGAAGGAAUAAAACCGCCCUCUCACCUUCCUCUCAACGUGUUUUGGAGAGGAAUGGCCGGGUGUGACAGACCGUUCGAACUUCAGGAUGUCAAGCUGGGCGCAUACAUACGUUGGAUGGGACUGAAUUAACACAGAGAAAACAUUACUUGCAUUUAAAGAAAAAAAACAAAAGUGUAGAAUUCAGCUCAAGGCACAGCUGUGAGUCCAACUCAAAACAAUCUUUUGGACUAUUUUCAUGGUGCACAUGCAAAAGUGGAGUCACUCAACAGCAAAAAAGCGACUUAACAGCUGUGCCUGGACCUGAAUCUGCACCCAGUCAAGUGGAUUUUCUUUGACUUUUUUCAUGCACUUUGGACACAGACUAUUAACCAUAAGGACAUUAAAAUGUGACGACAUUGCAGAGACUUGGAUAAUGCCUCACACAGCAAGUGCAAGAUAUAAUUUAUUCUAUUUAACAGGAUGCCAGUAAAUGAAAGAGCAGACUGUGUAUAUACGUCAUUGAACAAAGCCUUAUAGUUUCCUCUUAGAACAGUGGGAGUCCGCUCAUGUAGAGAGGAUGGGUUUUUGUCAAAGCACAUAUUAUUUUUGUACAGUAUUUAUGGACAGCGCAGUGAAUGUAACUGUUCUGUGGGAAAGCCAGACAUACCAAAGCAGCUGUAUAACAAUGCAUCAACAACACUUCUUGCAGCAAUAAUGUUUGCUGACUUCACACCUAAGUCAGUUCAGAGUCUAUAAAUGAUUAAAAUUCAAUGUUAACUUAUAUUGCAUUAUGUGUAGUUUUUUUACUUUAUUUAACCCCUUUUUUUUUUUUUUAUCCAGACAGCCAAAUGGAAGUCGAGGAGCAGUUCAUGAGGGUAAAGAUAUUCUAGGUUUUAUGCAUCGUUCACCGUUAAAAAUUUGUAAUUUCUCAUAUUAAUCACCAGUGUUGCACAUAUCCAAAGUAACAAGCAGAGGUCAGUGAGCUUGCAGUUGACUUUAGGCUAAAUGAGCAGAGUAUGGUCCGAUCGGAUCUGUGUUAGAAACGCCUUUAACCCACUUAAAACAAGGCCAUCUGACAGGGGUGACUAUUUCACACUGCGCCCACUAGGAGGAGCUGUGUGAAGUGCUCAUGAGCCAGGUUGGGUCAGAUUACUUUGAAAUGUAAUGUCAUGUUUACUGAAUAUGAAUUGCAUGGCAAUUUUUGUAUUUAGUAAUGCAAUCCAUUUAUUACAAAAAAGUAAUCUCAUCUGAAUACUUUCGGAUCACUUUAAAAAUCAAACAAUGAAAAUGUUGCACUUUUAUAAUAAGAAAUGGACAAAUUUAAGUUCCACAAAUAUGUUUUUUUUUUUUUUUAAACAUUUCCAAACAUUUUCCAUGCAAAUAAAAUGCAUCUUGCUCUUGUUAAGCAAGAACUGAAAAUGUUAAUUUUUCAUUUUCAAUGUAAAUAAAAAGGCAUGAAAACUCAAUUUACCAUGAAGCAUCUUUAAGAAACAAAUAAGUUCAUUAAAUUAACAAAACAACCUGAGAGGAGUAACUUACUUUAAUAAACAGUUGAACAUAUUUAGCAUUUAUAACUAGUCAAAUAAAAUUACCCUCACAAAACGUGCCGGCAUUAACAUGAAGCCUAUUUUUGAUAAGUAAUCCUUGACAAUGUAACUAUGAUCUGGUGGCACAGAUUUUUUCAAAUGUAAUCUGGGUUGAUUAGUUAUUGUUGUAAUCCGUUUCUCAAUUACAUGUUAUCCGUUACUACCUGACUCUGAUCAUGACGUUUGUGUGAAACCCGAUGCUAAUAUUUAUUAUACUAUUGUGUAGCCAGUACCUUGACAUGAGUACCUUUUGGUUAUCUGACAAAUUGACACUCAGAUAUAUAUUCUAUUAAAUGUGAAGAAAACUGAGGCCAGAAAGGAACCGUUGCCACAUCAGGUAGAAAACAACAACCGGCUACCUGAUGUUUAAAAAGCGGCUCCACACAUAUAUCAUUAACCGGCUAUCAGUCUGACCUGGAACCAAAGGUUGACUGUGGGACAUCACUUCUGUCUGUAAUCUCUCUUAUCCGUGAGCCACUGAGCUUGUUAAAGCCGUAGGGAAAAAUAAAUGUGUGUUGUGUGAUUAGGUUUCUGUGGCUUAGACAGAUGAUCUGUUAGUGAGGGAGCCAAUUUAUGAGGAGAAAAAAUAAAGUUAUCGGAGCAGGGCCGAGUGCCUCUCCUACGACACUGGGGACAGUUCGGAUACACACAGCUAGCGGGAUCAAUGGCAUGAUGUGAACCUGGCAUACAAGGGUUGUGGGAAAAUAGGGCUGGUAUUUAUCAACUUAAUAUAAAUCAGACCCAGUUUGAUUGAUUGCUUGCUGGUGUACUGAGACAUCAUAUCUCAUAAUGAUCUAUUGGAUUGAUUGCGAUGACAUCGUGUGCAGACGUCCAUGGCUCCCAGAGGAGGAAGCCGACUGACUUUGGUGAUCACCUGACUUUUCCUCAAGCUCCAUGACAUUUUAGGUUUUUAGUGAAAUGCCUCAAUCAAUAUGUCAAUUGCAAAUACAUACACUCAAUAAACACAUAUAUACUCACUCAAA